GCCCCGCGUUCGCUGCCCCGCGCGCGGCGCUGCCUGGGCCAUGGCGGCCCAGCCGUGGCACGCGAUCGUGCGCCUGGCGCUGCUGCUCUUCGGGGGCUUCGCGGAGGCGGAGGAGGUGAACACCACGCAGCACUGCCAGGAUGAGGCGAGCUGCAGGGCGCGGCUCACCGAGAUCACAAGGGACCUCGACGAGCUGCGCACUGGGAUGCAGCGCAAGCAGGCCGCGCUGUCGCUGCUCGCGGACCUGCGUGCUGGCGUCCUCAGCGGCCGCCGCGUCGAGCUCCCGUCGGCCCAGCGGCGGCACCUGGAGAAGGGCAGCCCGCUGGUCGGCAAGAGGCCCCUCACCACAGCUCUACCAUGGGAAAAGGCCAAGGCGAUGGCCGAGAACUGCUUGAUCUACCUCGACCCACCCGAGACAGGACCUCACGGACAGGAGCUGGCCAACAUCCAGCAGAUCCACGAUGUCAUGUCCAGGUCUACAAGAAGGCGUCCUCCGAGCAUGCAGAGCGGAGAGCAAUCCAACCGAAGACCGUACCUGCAGAACACGUAUUGCGCCGAGGACUUCAUUCUUCAUGCCACUAGCGAAUACGGCAACGUCCUAGAGACCAGCGAAACAUUGCCACUGCUGUCCUACCUGGCGAACGUGCUGGUCACACGUGGGGCCAGAGCCAUACGCCCACACAGCGACAACCUGAUCUUCAGCAUGGGCAACCCCGCUGACGUCGAGGUAGAGCCAGACGUCGACAUCGCCACCGUUUCUCCGACCAGGAUUACCCUAGUCGAAGGUGCUACUGCGCGACGCCCGCUGCCGCGACGAACGCAGGAUUGGAUCGAGCCUGGGAAGAUCGUCGUGCUCGGCUGCGUGCGAGUUCAGACAGUGGACGUCCACAACUUCAUGUCGCACUUCGGCAACGACCUGCGCCAGGCCGCGCGCGAGGCCCUUGCGGCGAAGCAGAACGACAGCUUCAACAACGUCAAUGACGACCGCGACAUCCGUCUGGAGCUCAUGGGGCUCGUACCGCCCCAGAGGGCCAUCGAGAUGUCCUUCGACGCCAGGCACAGGCCCGUGUCGACCAACGUCUCGCGCCACUUCACGCCCCUGCGCACGCUCGGGGAGGGGACACAGGUCCGCUUCCACGCCUUCAUGCCGCUCAAGAAAGGCUCGCUGAUGGUGGUCAUGUCGGCGGAGUCACGGCUCUCCGUGUUCGACCUCCAGGGGGACGCGCUGCUGGAGGGGGUGGACCUCGGCCACGCGGCGGGCACCCGGGUGACGCAGAUGGAGCUGUCCCCAACCCACAACAGCCACUUCGUGCUGACGGCCGCGGACGAUGGAGAGAUGCGUGUGCACUCGCUCAAGGUGGUGGCCAGGAAGAAGAGCGCAGAGGGCGAAGGGCAGCAGCUGAGCGUGUCCACGAACUUCAGCUGCUCCUUCUCCAUCCCUGCCGGCGGCGCUGGCGAGUCGAGGAGCCUGAGCGCGGUGCUGCCUGUCGAGCGAGGCACUCAGACUUACUUCGUCGCCGGCGACAGCCUCGGUGGCGUCGCGGUCUUCUUCCGCAACGGCACCCUGAAGGGACGCGCCCUCGUUACCGAGGACCCCGGCGGGGUGCGCGGCCUGCUCCACGCCCAGGGGGGCUCGGUGCUGUUCUACAGCUCCCGCUCCUUCGGCUUCUUCUCCCCCGCACAGGUCGACGUGCUGUACCCACCGUGCUCUGGCUGGCACUCCCCUGUCGUGGAUGUGGUCAUGGACCCCAGCGCCGCGUCCUCUCGAGUCGUGCUCGCCCUUGCCGAUGGCGAUGUCCUGGUGUUCUCUACAAGCAGUGGCCAGACCAAGGCGUGCGUCCUCGCGCUGAAAUUCCCCCACGUGUCCCCCAUACCGUUCAAGCUGUACACCUUCAAGGGCCACGUGGUGGGGCUGCCGGUGCCGCCGGAGGGGGCGGUGCGCGGGGCCGACUACCUGCGGGAGCUGCAUUUCUUCAGCCUCAGUGCCAUGGAGGCGGGCUACGGCGUGGCGCCCUCCCGCGCCGUGCUGCUGCAGGCCUCCUUCUCGCCCCGGCAGCCCGAGAGCUUGGCGCUGCUGGGGGGCGAGCCCGGGGGCAGGGCGCACGCCGCGAUCCGGUUCGCGGGCACGGAGGGCGUGGAGCUGUACGAGCUGUCGAUCAGGCAGCCGACGUCCUCGAGUGCGGUGGACGGGAGCAGCGGUGGCAUACCGAGCUGGCUGAGCUGGCUGCCCGACAGCAAGAUCGCCAUCUUCGGCGUGUCCCUCGUCUGCGUCGUGGCCUACAACGUGCGGAAGGUCAAGCGGCGGCAGCAGCAGCAGAGCCGCUCCCGGGAGGACGACAUUGACCUCAGGCAUCUGGAGCAGCUGAGGGCGGAGAGACAGCGGAAGGCCGCGGCGUCGGGCGCGCGGGCCCCGAGCGCCCCAGACGCGGACCAGGAGGAGGACGACGACUGACCCCAGGCCUGCCCCGAGGCCGCCGCAGUCAGGGGCCGCAGGGGUGCGCCGCCUCCUCAGCGCUGAAUCUCUCUUGGGGGGCGCCUGGCGCAGCAGCCUCUCCUCCUUU